AUGGUCCGCAUCGCUUCUUUCCUCCUCCUUGCCGCCUCUAUCGCCCAGGCGCGCCCAGUUCCUCCCGCCUCUGGCCGGGAUGAUACUCAGUUCGCCAAGCGCGAUAACGUUGUGGGCGUUGCCACGACAUACCAUCAUUUACAGUAUUUAGCCACAACUCUUGUCAAUGCUCAGCCAACUGCGAUAGCACCAUCCGCGAUAUCCUCCAGCGCCCAUGCGAGCUCUACGGCACUGACUCCCGGCCAGGUGGCAAAGGAGGUACUAAUAGGCGGAUUCACUGGGCUCAUUGCUGCUGGAGGUCUUGGAGGCCUCGCGAUCAAGUUUGGAUCCACUGCCAAUGCCGUAUACGAUACGAAUGUAGCAGUGCAGAGCCUAGAAAGCCUCCAUUCCAUGCAGGUUCUGGACGCCAUACCAAUCAGUGAGAAUUUCGCAGAGGCAGUUGCACUUGCCAACACUCCCGCUUCGGUGGAGUUCUUUUCCGAGCUAUCUACCCAGCUGGCAAACCAAGGCCUGCAGCUAUCCACCGAAACGCUCCGCAACAUGGUCACCAAUUUUGGGGCUGAGGCAGUUACGUCCGCCGCUGCGGCACAACCCCUCAACGUCGCUUCGGGAUCCACUCCCGCCUCUGGGGCCGCUGCACAGAUACAGCCGAACGCAGCUGCCACAUCUGUAGGCGGCGUGGGCACAGCUGCAGGCACAGCUGCCGGAAUCGCAAAGUUCGCUCAACUCGCUGGCAUUGACGCUACUGCUGCCACUGAAGCAAUCAUGGGCCAGGUGAUUGCCGAGACAGUGGGUGGUAUCGCACACAUGCCCUUUGCUCCGUUCAGCUUCUUGUCACACGCAUUCCAGCACCUCAUGACCCCCGCGACAAUCGCGGCCACGUACAAUCUACCUCACUGGCCACGACCUGCCUCGGAGUCGUUCCAUACAGCACCUGAAUCGGGCAAUCCCUCUUCAUCAACUGAGUCUUUCAACACCACGCCUGAGUCAGGCAACCCUUCUUCCUCGACCGAGUCGUUCCGUACCGCGCCCGAAUCAGAGUCAUACCACACGGCGUCCGAGGGGUCGUCUGAAGUCCCGAGCGAGGGUGGUUCCACGGAGACUCUAAUCCAUCACGAGAUUCCUGGAGCAAAGUACCGCACCCACGACACCUCAUCGUCCGGAUCCGAGAGCACAGUCGGGUCCGAAAGUUCAGCUUCAUCAACCGAAACCGUCAUACACCAUGAGCUCCCCGGCGCUGAGGUGCUGUCCCAAUCCGGCUCAGAAAGCUCAUCAUCUGGAUCCGAGAGCACAGCCGGAUCCGAGAGCAUAGCCGGCUCAGAGAGCAGCGCCUCAUCGAGCGACACCGUGAUCCACCACGAGGCGCCCGGCUCCUCGUCUUCAGACUCCGGCUCCGCAUCGCCAAACAGCUCAGGCUCAUCCGAGUCUCAAUACGACGAUGCCCCUUCCUCGCCCACCGCUGCACCGACGUCACCUCAACCGACCACGCCACCAUCGCUGAAGAAGCCGGAGGCCGCGCCGCCCAAGAAAGCCGAGUCAGCCGCCAAACCAGCCGCGCCUGCUCCUGCUCCGGCAUACAUCCCGCUCGCGACGGAAAAUAUGGCUGGCAAGCCGCCAACGCCGGAACAGGCGGGUGGCUGUCCAUCGGAUACGUUCUGUCAGUAUGGUGACCACCGGUAA